CUUGUUAGUGCGCAUGCGCCGCAGAGCCGACGGCGGACUGAGGCGAUGGGAGCGGCGGAGGCGGACCGGACGCUCUUCGUGGGCAACCUCGACCCCCGCGUGACCGAGGAGCUGGUCUUCGAGCUCUUCCACCAGGCAGGCCCAGUCAUUAAAGUAAAGAUCCCGAAGGACAGGGAUGGGAAACCAAAACAGUUUGCAUUUGUGAAUUUCAAACACGAAGAAUCUGUUCCCUAUGGCAUGAGUCUGCUUCAUGGGAUCAAACUUUUUGGGAGACCGCUCAAAAUUCAGUUCCGAUCAGGGAGCAGUCAUGCAUCUCAGGAGGUCGCCUCGCCCUGUGCCCCACAUGGAUUUGCAAACGGAAACCCCUCCAGUCCACAGCUUCUGGCAGCAGCAUUCAGCAAUAGGUUCGAGAGGAACACCGAGAACAUGUCGGCUGGCCAGAGAUCCUUCUCCCCUCUUGAUAACCAUCAAACAAAGGCCAUGAUGACUUUGGCGUGGCAGCAGGGCCCAUCGUACGGCGGAAGACACAACUCUUCACUUCCUGAGUCUUUGCCUGGAGGCCAGCAGGGUUACUCCUUCCCCCGGUCCUCGGCCUCCCCAGCGCACUGGCGCUCGGAGCCUCCCCGCAAGGGCAGAGUGAGCUCCCACCCGUACCAGUCUGGCCACAGGCACCACGGCCAGGAGCAGAGGCGGCUUGCGGACUGCGGCUCAAAUUACAGCUUCCGGGGGAACUGGGAAGAGCAUUACCAUGAUGACAGGAACUAUGGAGGUUGGAGCUGAAUUACGACCGCCGGAGUUACCGAGAUGGGGAAUGGCACCUCCUGCCCGUCGCUAGCAAGUAUUCAGAGUGGAUUUUAUGAACAUUUCUUCUUGACGAUUCUUUCCCUUUUUAAAGCUUCCCCUCUUCCCUUUACGGAGAGCUUGUAAACGGUAACUUCACAAGUUAUCUUUUUAAAAAGAAAAAAAAAAGUUUUAUACAUAUCAUCUGCAGUAUGUAUUUUGAGAGAAAAGAAUUUUUGAAUUGUAUUAACUUCCCCCUCAGGGUUUAGGCAAAGAAAAAAAAAAGUGCCACACUUUUAAACAGGUAAAGAAAAGAAGACAUUGUUUAUUUUAUAAGGAAAAAAAGUUCUGCUGCUUUGGUUUUAUUUUAAAACCAACAUUGGUAUUUUUAUAGCAAGAGCCCCUGAGGUGGUUCUGGUGUUGCUCGGAAAAGGGCCCGGAAGGAGAAUGUUUGGUGGCCGUUGAUAAUUUGGGUAACAGUGUUUUGCUACUGGAAUGAAGUUAUUGAAUAUUUGUUGUAUUAAGUGUUUUGCCUCGUGAGAUUUACAAAUACAGCAAAUUUGCCCGAGAAUUUGAUAAUCGGUAAUGAAGGAUGUGUUCGUUAUACUGGCAGUCUCAUUAGGGGUUUUUUUAACUGAUCUGAUCUCGUGAUUUUUGUAUCAAGGAGACCCUGCAGUAUCUUAAGUGAUUACCGCUUCUCAGGAAAUUAUUGUAUGUCUCUGCCCAAUACAACAUAUGGAGAAAAAUGCAAAUUGUUCCAUAAACACUUUGAAAAUGAGAAAUUUCUAAUUUAGGGAAAAUUAGAAAACCAAUAUUUAAUGAAAUGAGAAAGAGGUAAGUAUUGAUGAGAAUAUGCACCCAUUACAAGCUUGUAAUGAAACGUUUCAUCAUAAAACGACUGGUUCCUGAUGAGAGCUCAAAAUGCUCAGUAACUGGAGAGUCGAAUCUUGCUUUUCAGUCCCUCCUGGGUGGGCUACGAUCUCCACGCUUCCCACCCACCCCCUUCCUAAAAUGCCAUCACCGCAUGCAACUGUAGUUCUUUGUAUUCUGAAAAAUCUUGAUUUGGCACUUGGGGAAAAGUGUUUGCCUGGGAGCACUUUAAAUUAUAAGACACUAGCAGGCCUAGCUAGUUUUCACUUGGCUUCCAUGUGCAUCUCCAGUGCUUCCUUUAAACAUUAGCCAUUGGAAUGGUAAUUAGUGUUUGUGUUUUCUGGGCACACGUGAAACACGGAUUGUUUCAAAUUGCUGCUUUGAGUGAAAUUCGUACCCAGCCUGUAUUUGCAAUUGGUGUACGGUUCACUUGGAGCCAUAUGAUUUUUAGGGAAGAAGCAGCACUUGUAAACUGGUUCAUCCUGACCUCUUUCCCACGUCUUCUACAGUCCCAAGAUCACUCUUAUUUUUUCUACCAAACAGAAUUCCUUGAAAGAACAUAACUAGUGAUUUUUUUUUUUUGGUGGUGUUGCUGCUUGCUUUUUAUUUUUAUUUUUUUCUUUUUGUUUCAAGAAGAAAGUUUUUAAGCCUUGGUUACACUGCUUGUCUGAAGGGGUUGAUUUUUGUUAUAUUAAAUGUUGACAACAUUGUUCAUAUACAAGAAACAUUUUCUACUAGUAUUUCAAUGACCAUGUUUUUGAUGAUGCCAUAAAUUUAAAAAAGGCCCUAAAAUUCAUUUCUGACAUUUUUCUAAGAAAUAUUGUUGAGAGUAUUAAACAUGCCCUUCCUUAUGUAUAUGUAUAUGUAUAUAAUGGCAAAAAAUAAAUUCCUUUCUUGUAAAAAC